AUGAUGAUGAUGGUGGUGAUGAUGAUGAUGAUGAUGGUGAUGAUGGUGGUGAUGAUGAUGAUGAUGAUGAUGGUGAUGGUGGUGGUGAUGAUGAUGAUGAUGAUGAUGGUGAUGGUGAAGAUGAUGAUGAUGAUGGUGAUGAUGAUGAUGGUGAUGAUGAUGAUGAUGAUGGUGGUGAUGGUGAUGGUGGUGAUGAUGAUGAUGAUGGUGAUGAUGAUGAUGAUGAUGGUGGUGAUGGUGGUGAUGAUGAUGAUGAUGAUGGUGGUGAUGAUGAUGAUGGUGAUGAUGAUGAUGGUGAUGAUGAUGAUGAUGAUGGUGGUGAUGGUGAUGGUGGUGAUGAUGAUGAUGAUGGUGAUGAUGAUGAUGAUGAUGGUGGUGAUGGUGGUGAUGAUGAUGAUGAUGAUGGUGGUGAUGAUGAUGGUGAUGGUGAUGGUGAUGGUGGUGGUGAUGAUGAUGAUGAUGAUAGUUCAUUGGGCACUCAAUUGGGGGGGGCUGGAACUCUCUGUGUGGGGGGUGGUACUCUCUGUGAAGGAAACUCUCUGGGGGGCUGGAACUCUCUGUGGGGGGGGGGGUGGAAACUCUCUGUGUAGGGGGGGGGGGGCUGGAACUCUCUGUGGGGGGGGGCUGGAACUCUCGUGGGGGGUGGGGGGGGUGGUACUCUCUGUGGGGGGGGCUGGAACUCUCUGUGGGGGGGGUGGUACUCUCUGUGGGGGGGGGCUGGAACUCUCUGUGGGGGGGUGGUACUCUCUGUGGGGGGGGGGGCUGGAACUCUCUGUGGGGGGGUGGUACUCUCUGUGGGGGGGGGCUGGAACUCUCUGUGGGGGGGCUGGAACUCUCUGUGGGGGGGGCUGGAACUCUCUGUGGGGGGGUGGUACUCUCUGUGGGGGGGGCUGGAACUCUCUGUGGGGGGCUGGAACUCUCUGUGGGGGGGGGCUGGUACUCUCUGUGGGGGGGGCUGGAACUCUCUGUGGGGGGGGCUGGUACUCUCUGUGGGGGGGGUGGUACUCUCUGUGGGGGGGUGGUACUCUCUGUGGGGGGGGCUGGAACUCUCUGUGGGGGGGCUGGAACUCUGGGGGCUCUGUGGGGGGGGGCUGGAACUCUCUGUGGGGGGCUGGAACUCUCUGUGGGGGGGCUGGAACUCUCUGUGGGGGGGCUGGAACUCUCUGUGGGGGGGGCUGGAACUCUCUGUGGGGGGGCUGGAACUCUCUGUGGGGGGGCUGGAACUCUCUUUUGGGGGGGGGAGAGUCCCACAGUUCAAGCACAGAGUAA